AUGACAUCAAUUCUGGGCAUAGCCCUGCUAGCUUUGACUCUUUCACGCUCAACUGUGGCCUUUGUCCCCAUCGGGGGUGGGGCAUCCACUCAUGUCAGCAUUACAGGAACGGCUCUAUUGCAAAAAGUGACGGAGACAUGUCGGGCGGUGGCUGAGGCAGCCGGUCAUGAGUUCAAACCCACGGGUUCCUCUCCUGAAGAGCUGGUCCAGGCCUGUCUCGGUCCCACAGCAACAGGAGAGGUGUCUGGUGCCAAGUUUCAUUCUGCCCUUCAAGAGAUCUACAUGCAGAAUGGACUGGUUGACCGGGACUUCGUCAACAGUGCUCCACAUCACUUCAACUCUGAGGCCUUCAUGGAGGGACGCAGCCUAAUCACGGAGGGUGUGGCGGCUAUUAAGGCCAACAUUCGCAAAGAGAACUUCCAGGCAGCCAGGGAGACUCUGGGUAGAGUCCUUCAUACACUACAGGACUUCUACAGUCACACUAACUGGGUGGAGCUGGGCUACACAGAGCCAUACAACAACCUUAUGCGCCAAGACCUUCCUCUGGAAAACCUGGCAGGUGACUGUUUGCCUUUUGCUUCUCUAGCUAAGGACACUGCCACCUGCAGUGACUGUGCCAGUGGAACAUGCCCUAAUCCAAUCCUCCCCAACAUCCUCAAAGAGAAGACGCUCACAUCAGGAUACAUGGGAAUCUUCUCCGCUGACAAACCGAAAGGAAAAUGUAGCCAUGGAGGUGCAUCUGACCUAACUAGCACAGCAGCUCCUCGAGGAGGCAUCAGCAAAGACGAACGUCGUGCGGACAACGUGGCCCUCCACAAUGCUGCUGUGAAUGUAGCCACAGCCGCCAGCCUCGAGCUGCUGCAGGACAUCCGCUUCGCUGCAGGGGACAAUGACUUUCUGAGAAUGAUGGGAAUUGCCCGCUCCUCUGUCGUGUGCUUUGUUAUUGACACCACCGGCAGCAUGAAAGACGACAUCGCUCAAGCCAGGGCAGUUGUUUAUGAAAUCAUUGACAGCAAAAAAGGAACACAGGACGAGCCCUCUGAAUACAUCCUGGUGCCCUUCAAUGACCCCAGUUUUGGACCAAUGAUCAGGACAACAGACCCUGAUAAGAUGAAAAGUGAAAUCUCAAAGCUCACAGCAUCUGGUGGUGGUGAUCACCCUGAGAUGUGUCUGUCAGGACUUCAGCUGGCUCUCACUGGUGCCCCUUCAUCAUCCCACAUCUAUGUUUUCACUGACGCUACAGCCAAAGACAUCAGUCUCAAGGACACUAUUGUUGCUCUCAUCAGGAGCACCAAAUCAACGGUGUCAUUCUUUAUGACUGGAGCCGGCGCGAGGCGCCGCCGUUCUCUUAAAGCUGCUUCCUUUAAUGACUACAAGGACUUAGCUCUGGCCUCUGGAGGCCAGGCCAUCCAGGUAUCAAAGCAACAGCUGCCUCUUGCCACAGAUGUUAUCCUUGACACCUCGACAUCAGCUCUGGUGACAGUUUAUCAGCGAGCAAGGAAUCCUGGGAAGCAAGAGACCUUCCCCUUCACGUUGGAUGAAUCUUUGAAAAAUAUCACCAUCUACAUCACAGGAACAUCCAUUACUUUCACGUUGACAGACCCUGCUGGUGUGACCCAGAAUCAGAACGAGGCCAACGGUAAACUCGGGACCAUCCAGACAGUGGGCAACCUGAGGAGAAUUCAAAUCAACUCUGAGAAGUACGCUGGAGCCUGGAAGAUCCAAAUCAACUCCAACCAACCAUACACACUCAAAGUCACAGGCCAGAGUACAAUUACCUUCAUCUAUGACUUUGUUGAAAGCUUCAUGGGACCCCACCCAGGCUAUGCAGUCCUCAGUGGGCGUCCAAAAGCAGGUACAGUAAUACAGUAG